AUGUCAGUUGAUUUCAAAUCAACAGAAGAUUCUAUAUCAAAUGUAAGAACCCAAGUAUUGAGAUCAAUCUCUUUUACAAUUGAAUCAAUAGGAAAAGACAUUAAUUCCUACCAUAUUCUUGAUGACGACAUUUGCUUCGAUGAAAAAGAAUUUCAAUUUAGAGGAAUCGAUGAUAAAUUGGCUGUUGAAAUUCUAGAAGAGGAUAUUGCCGCAUCACAAUCUCUUAAUAGUGAACAACAACAUGUCUAUAAUGAAGUGCUGGAAAAAAUAUUUGCAAACCAAAAUGCAGCAUUCUUUGCAGAUGGCCCAGGUCGAACAACACACUCACGUUUCAAGCUUCCGCUUGAUACUGACGAAAGAAGCACGUGCUGUGUCAGCAAACAAAGUGCACUGGCAAACCUAUUACGUGUAGCAAAAUUAAUAAUUUGGGAUGGGGCUCCAAUCACGAGAAAACAACACAUAGAAGUAUUGGAUAAAAUGUUACGAGACAUCAAUGAUUUAGAUGUAACAUUCGGUGGGAAGGUUAUUGUUUUCGGUGGAGAUUUUCGACAGGUUUUACUCGUGGUUCAUAAAGGAAUAAGACAAGAACAGAUUAAUUCCAGUUUGGUUUAUUCCUAUUUGUGGCCUACAUUGACCAAGUUCCGAUUAACUGAAAAUAUGCGAGCAAGACUUGAUCCAGUUUUUUCAGAUUAUAUGUUAGAAGUUGCAAACGGAAUGCCGCCAAACACAGUUGAUAAAACCAUAAAAAUUUCGAGUAAGAUGCUUAUUUCCAUGAUAAUGAUAGCACUUCUUUAG